AUGUACGUUCAUCGAACAAAAUAUGUCUACGAGAUUCUCAAGAGAUUCGGUCUGGAAGACAGACUGCCAUACGAUACGCCAUUGUUGACAAAUCACAAGUUGAUGACCGAUAAAGAGAAAGAUCCUAAAGUGGAUCCAACUCUCUAUCGAGCUAUGAUAGGUUCUCUUAUGUACCUUACAACUUUGCGUCCCGAUAUAAAGUUUUCUGUCUGUCUCCGUGACAGGUACUAUUCCAAUCUGAAGGAAUCGCAUAUGAAGGCUGUCAAACGCAUCUUCAGAUAUCUAAAAGGAAAGCCGAAGCUUGGAUUGAGGUAUCCUGCUGAAGGCGGUCUAGAUUUGAUAGCGUAUGCCGACAUAGAUUUCGGAGGGUGCCCGACUAACAGAAAGUCGACCUCAGGCGGCGUAGAACUUCUUGGAAACCGUCUUGUGUCCUGGUAG